AUGGAAAAUCGCUGCAAGCCCUCUCUGCUCUUCAGUGUCUCUUGCCUGGUUGUCCUUACACAGCUGCUUACCUGGGUGACCACAAAGCAGUUCCGGGUCUUUGGUCCCUCAGACCCCAUUGUGGCUGCACCAGGUGGGGAAGCUGUCCUUCCCUGCUCCGUGUUUCCAGCCAUGAAUGUGGAGAACAUGGAGGAGCUGAGGUGGUUCCGUGACAGAUUCUCAGAAGCAGUACUUGUCUAUCGGGACCAAGAGGAGCAGAAGGAAGGGCAGAUGCUUGCAUAUUCACAGCGCACAUCACUGGUGAAGGACCAGUUCCAUCAAGGCAAGGCUGCUGUGAGGAUCCAGAAUGUCCAGCCAUCAGAUAGUGGGAUAUAUGUCUGCCACUUCAAACAGGGACUGUUCUAUGAAGAGGCCAUCUUGGAACUGAAGGUGGCAGCGAUGGGCUCUGUCCCUGAAGUGCACAUCAAAGGUCCGGGAGAUGGUGGAGUGUGUGUUGUGUGCAUGACUUCAGGGUGGUACCCGGAGCCACAGGUGCAUUGGAGAGACUCUAGAGGAGAGAAUCUCCCAGCGUUCUCUGAGACCCACACUAAAGUUGCUGGAGGACUGUUCAGCACAGAGACCUCGCUGGUGGUGAGAGACAGCUCUGUGGGGAAUGUGAUCUGCUCCACCUUCAAUCCCAUCUUGGGUCAGGAGAAAGCCACGCCCAUGUUCAUCCCAGAGCCCUUCUUCCCUCAGGCCUCUCCCUGGAAGCCAGCUUUCUACGUGAUCCUGACCAUGACGGGACUUCUAGUCUUAGGGACAAGCUAUCUUUUCAAAAGAGAACAUUCUGCAAGGUUGAAGGUGCAGCUGGAAUGGGGGAACCUUCAGCGUGAGAAGGAUGAGUCACAGAAGACAAAGGCAGAUGCUCUGAGGACUACUAGUGCACUCAAGGAGGAGCUUGAUCGAAGGAAAGCAGCCUACAGUGCUGCCUGGAGGAAGGCCCAGCUGUAUGCAGAUUGGCGCAAGGAGCAUUUCCAGGCCUGGACUGUCACUCUGGAUCCAGCCUCUGCCCACCCCAUCCUUGACGUCUCCCAGGACAGGAUGAGUGUGACCCGGAAGGACAUCACUAUGUGCUUGGAUGACCUCUUCAGUGUGUUAGGCAGCGAAGGCGUGUCUUCUGGAAGAUAUUACUGGGAAGUGAAGCUAACAAACAUGGAAGGCAGCAAAUGGAUUCUGGGGGUCUGUAGGAAAGGUGUGGACAGGAAAAGCUUUUAUUUUGAGAGUCCAGAUAAGGGAUUUUGGACUGUGGGGCGGUCUAGUAGUGGAUAUUGGGCCUAUAUUGAUUCUGGGAGGGCUUCAUUAUCCAUCAGGCAAGCUCCACAGAGCUUGGGGGUGUUUGUGGACUACACCAAAGGUGACAUCUCCUUCUAUAACAUGAGUGACAUGUCCCACAUUUUCUCCUUCCAUGAAGAUUCCUUCUCUGGGACUCUUUUUCCAUACUUCAGGAUUAAGUCUGGAAAUGUUUCAAUGACUAUCAGCUCCAUGGCAAGUGUGUCUGAGGGGGAGGAGGGAGAGGAGGGGGAGGAAGGGGAGCAACAAGAGGAGAUCAAAAAGGGGGAAGACUCUCCAUUCCUCCAGCAUGCCAGGGACACUCUGCUCCCAUAGUGUGCAUCACCGCCUAAGUCUUCAGUGUGACUCCUUGUGGGAGUGUAGAAGCCACAGGCCAAAGCCCCCACGAGUGCUGGAAGGGCCUGGAGCCUCACCCACUGCUCCUCAGUCUGACUCUGAGGCUGUGGCUGUGGCUGCAGCGAGGCCAUGCUGUGUGUCAGGUGGUGGAGGAUAAGCCCUGACUGUUGUU